AUGGUUAGUAAGGACAGCGGCACAUGCACACUCACACCGCCGCCUGACAGUGAGGUGGAGCCGGCAGCCUGCCUGGCCCUGGAGAUGAAGUACACACUGGACCCCAACCGGCAGAUCAAGAAGCGCAAUAAGGCCCUGCAGGUGCGCUUCAAGGACAUCUGCGAGGCGCAGAAUGAGCAGCGUGACGCACAGCCUCUGGCGGCCGGCCAGCCACCGCCCUCCGAGAAGCGCGAAGCCAGGCCCUCCUCCUGCCGCUCGGCUUAUCGGAAGUACAUGACGGUCCCUGCACGCCGCUCCAUCCCCAAUGUCACCAAGAGCACAGGUGUGCAGACUUCGCCAGACCUCCGCAAGUGCUACCAGACCUUCCCGCUGGACCGCAAGAAAGGGAACCUCAAGGGUCUCCCAGCGCAGAACAAUGGGUUCCUUACUGACACCCACGAGGCGGGGCCCACGGGAGAGGCCCGCCCUUGUGGUGCGGCGCACAUUCACAAGACCACCGCCUUGGUGUUCCGCUCCAGCGAUCACAUGGAUGAGGUGGACCGGCCUCCGACGGUCAACUGUGCUGAUCCCUGCAGGAGCCCAGACUUGCUCAGCUCCCCUCAAGCCCCUCUCCAGAACUCGCCAGAGUCUCCAGGCCAAGAGCCAGCGCUGCCUGCCCAUGGGACUCUAUUUAAAACGGAGGUGGCCACUGUGUACACACCUGCCCUGGGUGCCAUGGCAGCCGAGCCCGACUGGUCAGACUCUGCCGCUGCCAGCCAGUGGUCCCUGUGUCCAGCAGAUGAGGAGCCAGGGAGAGCCCCCCAUCUCAAUGGGCUCCAGGCGCCCCCAGACUCUGCUGCCACCUGCUCGCCCCCAACUCAGUGCCUGUCCCCGAGAUGUGGCGAACCAGGGCCUGAGAAGCAGCCCAGUGUCGCGGCAGCAGUUGCGGGCGAGGAAUGCCAACGAAUCGUGCCUCACACGGAAGUGGUGGACCUCAAAGCACAGCUUCACAUGAUGGAGAACUUGAUCAGUUCCAGCCAAGAAACCAUCAAAGUGCUCUUGGGGGUCAUUCAGGAGUUGGAAAAAGGAGAGGCCCACCGGGAAGGGCUCUCCUAUCGGACGGGGCAAGACACAGCCAACUGUGACACGUGCAGGAACAGUGCCUGCAUUAUCUACAGCGUGGAGCUGGACUUUAAGCAGCAGGAAGACAAGCUGCAGCCAGUGCUGAGGAAACUCCAUCCCAUUGAGGAAACUCAGGUCGCACCCUCGCCUUAUUCUCAGGAGACUUCCUCCUCGACUCCCAAGCAAAAAUCCAAACCUGAAUCCAAAAAGCACGGUAGAUGGAAACUCUGGUUCCUUUAG